AAGAGUUCCCCGCGGGGCCACCCUGUCCUGUAACCAAUGGCAACGUCGGUCCAGACCCUUCCUCUGACCCGCGACCCCAGCAAGACAUUCCGUGAUCCGUACUCAACCCCUACCCGGCCCACAGCCCUACUGGACCGGUGCAGUAUGGGUAGUGUAGGCAGCCUAGUUGAACGCCCGGACGCAUCCCCAGCUAAAGGCAGCCGGGCCGUGCCCCAGGUGGGACCCAGGCAGACCAACAGGUUAUUAAAGAAAAGCUUCAACCAGAGAGAGCUGCUCAACUACCUCAACAUCACCAGGUUAGUGAACUCCUGAUAGGCACAAAAUGGCUGUCGUGUUUCAUCUACAUCACCAGGUUAGUGAACUCCUGAUAGGCACAAAAUGGCUGCUGUGUUUCAUCAACAUCACCAGGUUAGUGAGCUCUCUGAUAGGCACAGAAUGGCUGCCGUGUUUCAUCAACAUCACCAGGUUAGUGAACUCCUGACAGGCACAGAAUGGCUGCCGUGUUUCAUCAACAUCACCAGGUUAGUGAACUCCUGAUAGGCACAAAAUGGCUGUUGUGUUUCAUCAACAUCACCAGGUUAGUGAGCUCUCUGAUAGGCACAAAAUGGCUGCCAUGUUUCAUCACCCAGAUGGGUGCUACAGUAGAGAGUAUGUGUUCUCUAUGUAUUCCAUAAAGUGCAGACAAGCGGUAAAGAGUUGUCUGUUUCAAAUAGAGGGCAUUAAUGAUGCUCUUGGGGAAUAACCUCACGUGUGAGUUCAUAGCAGUGUUGUUAGUGCUACUGCCAGGUGGGUGCCACACAUAGUGAGCUGGUAGGAGGUGUGACUCUAUACCUCUCUCUAUAAGUAGGCUAUUACAAUGUAAAGUUGUAGCUAGAUGAAAUAGAAAUCAUUUUCAUACGUUUCAAGUUUUAAUAUCACAUGCACAAGUACAGUGAAAUACCUUUCUUGCAAACUCAAAUAUAAAUAUAAAUAAUUUUCAUAACAAGCUGUUAUCACUCAGGGGAACAGGUUAUCAAUUGACAUGAUUGGUUAUCAAUUGACUUGAAGCCUGAAUGAAAACCUUUAUAACGAUCCCCACCAGGAAAGAUGUUAAAGCGGAUAGCGGCCCAGGAAGCAGUAGGAAGGACAUCUUCUCCAGCAUGCAGUCCAUUAAUAGAGAGCAUGGACAUGAGGAGGAACACAUCAAGCUCUACCACAAAGACGGAACUGAGGUGGACGUGUCAAAGAACUCACUGCCCAUUAGAGGGAAAUAUGAGAAGGUGAGAAGAAUGCCUGGUCAUGGGACAACAUAUAGGGAUGAUAUCCCUGGGACAACAUAUAGAGAUGAUAUCCCUGGGACAACAUAUAGGGGUGAUAUCCCUGGGACAACAUAUAGAGAUGAUAUCCCUGGGACAACAUAUAGGGAUGAUAUCCCUGGGACAACAUAUAGAGAUGAUAUCCCUGGGACAACAUAUAGGGGUGCUAUCCCUGGGACAACAUAUAGAGAUGAUAUCCCUGGGACAACAUAUAGAGAUGAUAUCCCUGGGACAACAUAUAGGGAUGAUAUCCCUGGGACAACAUAUAGAGAUGAUAUCCCUGGGACAACAUAUAGGGGUGAUAUCCCUGGGACAACAUAUAGGGAUGAUAUCCCUGGGACAACAUAUAGAGAUGAUAUCCCUGGGACAACAUAUAGGGGUGAUAUCCCUGGGACAACAUAUAGAGAUGAUAUCCCUGGGACAACAUAUAGGGGUGAUAUCCCUGGGACAACAUAUAGAGAUGAUAUCCCUGGGACAACAUAUAGAGAUGAUAUCCCUGGGACAACAUAUAGGGGUGAUAUUCCUGGGACAACAUAUAGGAAUGAUAUUCCUGGGACAACAUAUGGGCAUGAUAUUCCGGGGACAACAUAUGGGGAUGAUAUUCCUGGGACAACAUAUGGGGAUCAUAUUCCUGGGACAACAUAUAGGGAUGAUAUUCCUGGGACAACAUAUAGGGAUGAUAUUCCUGGGACAAUAUAUAGGGAUGAUAUUCCUGGGACAACAUAUAGGGAUGAUAUUCCGGGGACAACAUAUAGGGAUCAUAUUCCUGGGACAACAUAUAGGGAUGAUAUUCCUGGGACAACAUAUAGGGAUGAUAUUCCUGGGACAACAUAUAGGGAUGAUAUUCCUGGGACAACUUAUAGGGAUGAUAUUCCUGGGACAACAUAUGGGGAUCAUAUUCCUGGGACAAUAUAUAGGGAUGAUAUUCCUGGGACAACAUAUAGGGAUGAUAUUCCUGGGACAACAUAUAGGGGUGAUAUUCCUGGGACAACUUAUAGGGAUGAUAUUCCUGGGACAACAUAUAGGGAUGAUAUUCCUGGGACAACAUAUAGGGAUGAUAUUCCUGGGACAACUUAUAGGGAUGAUAUUCCUGGGACAACAUAUGGGGAUCAUAGUCCUGGGACAACAUAUAGGGGUGAUAUUCCUGGGACAACAUAUAGGGAUGAUAUUCCUGGGACAACAUAUGGGGGUGAUAUUCCUGGGACAACAUAUGGGGAUCAUAUUCCUGGGACAACAAAUAGGGAUGAUAUUCCUGGGACAACAUAUAGGGAUGAUAUUCCUGGGACAACAUAUAGAGAUGAUAUUCCUGGGACAACAUAUAGGGAUGAUAUUCCUGGGACAAUUUAUAGGGAUGAUAUUCCUGGGACAACAUACAGUGGGGGAAAAAAUUAUUUAGUCAGCCACCAAUUGUGAAAGUUCUCCCACUUAAAAAGAUGAGAGAGGCCUGUAAUUUUCAUCAUAGGUACACGUCAACUAUGACAGACAAAUUGAGAAAAAAAAUCCAGAAAAUCACAUUGUAGGAUUUUUAAUGAAUUUAUUUGCAAAUGAUGGUGGAAAAUAAGUAUUUGGUCACCUACAAACAAGCAAGAUUUCUGGCUCUCACAGACCUGUAACUUCUUCUUUAAGAGGCUCCUCUGUCCUCCACUCGUUACCUGUAUUAAUGGCACCUGUUUGAACUUGUUAUCAGUAUAAAAGACACCUGUCCACAACCUCAAACAGUCACACUCCAAACUCCACUAUGGCCAAGACCAAAGAGCUGUCAAAGGACACCAGAAACAAAAUUGUAGACCUGCACCAGGCUGGGAAGACUGAAUCUGCAAUAGGUAAGCAGCUUGGUUUGAAGAAAUCAACUGUGGGAGCAAUUAUUAGGAAAUGGAAGACAUACAAGACCACUGAUAAUCUCCCUCGAUCUGGGGCUCCACGCAAGAUCUCACCCCGUGGGGUCAAAAUGAUCACAAGAACGGUGAGCAAAAUCCCAGAACCACACGGGGGGACCUAGUGAAUGACCUGCAGAGAGCUGGGACCAAAGUAACAAAGCCUACCAUCAGUAACACACUACGCCGCCAGGGACUCAAAUCCUGCAGUGCCAGACGUGUCCCCCUGCUUAAGCCAGUACAUGUCCAGGCCCGUCUGAAGUUUGCUAGAGUGCAUUUGGAUGAUCCAGAAGAGGAUUGGGAGAAUGUCAUAUGGUCAGAUGAAACCAAAAUAGAACUUUUUGGUAAAAACUCAACUCGUUGUGUUUGGAGGACAAAGAAUGCUGAGUUGCAUCCAAAGAACACCAUACCUACUGUGAAGCAUGGGGGUGGAAACAUCAUGCUUUGGGGCAGUUUUUCUGCAAAGGGACCAGGACGACUGAUCCGUGUAAAGGAAAGAAUGAAUGGGGCCAUGUAUCGUGAGAUUUUGAGUGAAAACCUCCUUCCAUCAGCAAGGGCAUUGAAGAUGAAACGUGGCUGGGUCUUUCAGCAUGACAAUGAUCCCAAACACACCGCCCGGGCAACGAAGGAGUGGCUUCGUAAGAAGCAUUUCAAGGUCCUGGAGUGGCCUAGCCAGUCUCCAGAUCUCAACCCCAUAGAAAAUCUUUGGAGGGAGUUGAAAGUCCGUGUUGCCCAGCGACAGCCCCAAAACAUCACUGCUCUAGAGGAGAUCUGCAUGGAGGAAUGGGCCAAAAUACCAGCAACAGUGUGUGAAAACCUUGUGAAGACUUACAGAAAACGUUUGACCUGUGUCAUUGCCAACAAAGGGUAUAUAACAAAGUAUUGAGAAACUUUUGUUAUUGACCAAAUACGUAUUUUCCACAAUCGUUUGCAAAUAAAUUCAUUAAAAAAGAUUUUCUGGAUUUUCUUUCUCAUUUUGUCUGUCAUAGUUGACGUGUACCUAUGAUGAAAAUUACAGGCCUCUCUCAUCUUUUUAAGUGGGAGAACUUGCACAAUUGGUGGCUGACUAAAUACUUUUUUUCCUCACUGUAUAGGAAUGAUAUUCCUGGGACAACAUAUAGGGGUGAUAUUCCUGGGACAACAUAUAGGGGUGAUAUUCCUGGGACAACAUAUAGGGGUGAUAUUCCUGGGACAACAUAUAGGGGUGAUAUUCCUGGGACAACAUAUGGGGAUGAUAUUCCUGGGACAACAUAUAUUUUAGCAACAAAAACACACUUUGACAUUGGCUCCUUCAAAGUCGUCCAGACCGAGAACGUCCUUAAUACUCUAAAGUCAACAUCUCUCUGACAGAGAACAUCCUUAAUGCUCUAAAGCCAACAUCUCUCUCUGACAGAGAACAUCCUUUAAUACUCUAAAGCCAACAUCUCUCUGACAGAGAACAUCCUUUAAUACUCAAAAGCCAACAUCUCUCUGACAGAUCACCCUGGCUUCCUACUCCCUACAGCUAGCUAUAGUUUGAAGAAUUGGCCUGUAUCACUGAGUCACUGGCAGCACUAGAUGAAUGACAUCCCAGUGGUGACUGUGUGUGCUGUGUGCGAUGUGUGCGGCGUGUGUAGGAGACAUAAUUAAAUGCUACCAGUUAUUACCUGGCUAAGCUAGAGGUGAUGUUUUAAAUUGGCCUACAUUAGUCAUUUAUCAGGAACAUGUAUCAAUAAGAUAACAACGCCUCUCCCUUCAGUCUGUAUCUGGUGUAAAUCACACACACAGUCCCACCAGCUCUCCUUGUAAAGAUUGAGUAGUGCUGUAGGGGGAAUUUAUAUCAUCCAGGCUGGAUGUAUAACAUCAGGCCUGAGAAACAACAUGAAAAAAAAAACCAGUUCAUUUAAUAGAAACAUUGUGAGUAAUAGUGAUUUAUAGAGCUUGGCCUGAAUACACCACUACUCUAGCACGCCAUCUCCCCUCUCUACCUCUCUCUCUACCUCUCUCUACGGCCAAGCCCCCGCUCUACCGCUCCACUCCCCCGCGGACCCGCCAGUCUCCCCCGACCGGAGGGCACGCCCGCGCCGAGAGAGCGACCGGGGGGCACGCCGCGCGGACCGCGCGCGAGACGGCGGAGAACCGCGGGGGACCGGCGCGGACCGAGACCCUCUAUACCUCUGCGCGACCCCACGCCCGCGCGAGACGCGCGCGCGACCGGGCGGGCACGCCCGCGCGAGACCGCGCGCGCUACCGGGCGGGCACGCCCGCGCGAGGACCGCGCGCGCGACAGGCGGCACGCCCGCGCGAGACCGCGCGCGCGACCGGGCGGGCACGCCGCGCGAGACCCGCGCGCGACGGCGGGAGCCGCGGAGCAGAGCCGCGAGGCGCGCCGAGACCGCGCGCCGCGCGGGGAACGCGCGCGGACCGCGCGCGAGACGGGCGGGCGGGCGAGCCCGCGCGCGAGACCGGGGGCCGCGCGCGGAGAGACCGGCGAGAGGCCUGGGCGCGGGAGACCGCGCGGGCCCGGCGAGACCCGCGGCCGCGCGCGAGAACGCCGCGGCGACCGCGGGGAAAACCCGGGCGGCGCGCGAGACGAGACGCGGGGAAACCGGGAGACCGCGCGCGAGAAAACGGCGCGGACCGCGCGCGAGACCGGGGCGGGCGCGCCGAGGACGGGCGCCCGCCGGAGACCGCGCGGCCCGCGAAAACCGGCGAGCCGCGAGACCGCGCGCGAGACCGGGCGCUGGCGCAAACCGCGCGCGACCGCGCGAAGACCCGCCGAGACGCGGGCCGCGCGCGAGACCGGGCGUCGAGACCGCGCGAGACCGCGCGCGAACGCGCGCAGCCGCGCGCGACGCGCGACAGCCGCGCGAGGGACCGCCGCGCCGCCGCGAGACCGCGCGCGGACCGCGCGCGAGACCGCGCGGGACGACGCGAGACCGCGAGGGACCGGCGGAACAGCGCGCGACGCGCGGAGACCGGCGGGACCGGGCGGGCACGCGCGCGAGACCGCGCGCAAACCGCGCGAGACCGCGCGAGGAAGCGGAGACCGCGGCGCGAGCCGGGCGAAACGCGCCACCGCGGGAGACCGAGCGCGGACCGCGAGCGGACCCGCGAGAGACGCGCGGACCGCGCGCGGACCGCGCGAGAAGCGGACCGCGCGCGAGACCGGCGAACCGCGAGGACAGGCUGAGAACGCGCGCGGACCGGGGGACCGGGCGGGACGCGCGAGACCGAGGGACCGCGAAACGGAGCCAGAAGGGGGGGGCCGGCGCGAGACCGCGCGCGGACGCCGAGACCGGGGCGCGAACCGCGGCGGACCGCGCGAGACCGCGCGCGGCCGCGCGGAGACCGGCGCGACCGGCGAGACAGCGCGCGACCCCGGCGAGACCGCGCAAAGCGCGCGCCGCGAGACCGCCGCGAGACCGCGCGGACGGGCGCGCGAGACCGCGCGAGAACCGCGAAGACCGCGCGGAGACGGCGAAAGGCGCGAGAGCGCGCGAGACCGCGAAGGGGCGCGCGCGACCGCGGCGAACCGCGCGCGGACCGCGCGCGCGACCGCGCGCGAGACCGGCGCGAGGACCGCGCGGGGAACCGCGCGCGCGACCGGCGCGAACCGCGGAACGCGGAGACCGCGGCAGACCGGGCGGACCGCGCGGAGACCGCGGGGCGACGCGCGAGACCGCGAGCGAGACGCGCGGAACCGCGCGCGACCGCGCGCGGGGACCGGCGCGGAAGCGGCGACCGGGCGGAGACGCGGGCGACGCGCGCGAGACCGCGCGCGGACCGCGCGGGAGACCGCCGCGAAGACCGCGCGCGGAAACCGCGCGCGGACCGCGGGCAGACCGCGGACCGGCGCGAACGGGCGAGACCGCGCGCGAGAACCGAGCGCGGACCGCGCGCAGACCGGCGCGAGACCGCGCGCGGCGACCGCGCGGAGGACCGCGCGCGCGCGACCGCGGCGCGACCGGCGAGAAAACGCAGCGGAGAGCGCGCGACCGCGGGAGACGGCGCGGACCGCCGCGGGGACCGCGCGGGACGCGGCGAGACCGCGCGAACGGCGCGAGACCGGGCAAAGCGCGGCGCGACAGCGAGGACCGCGCGCGCGACGCAGCGAGGGGAAACCGCGGCGAGACAGCGCGGCGACCGCCCCGCGUAGAACGACGCGGCGACCGCGCGCGCGACAGGCGGGGCGACCGCGCAAGACCGCGGCGCGAGACGCGCGCGGACCGGCGCGAGGACCGCGGGCCCGGCGGAGACCGCGCGAGACCGGCGCGACCGCGCGCGCGACCCGGCGGAACGGCGCGGAGACGCGCGCGGGGCCGCCGCGACGCGCGCGACGAGGGGAGAAAACGGCGCGAGAGGCGCGCGAGCGCGCGAGAGCGCGCGAUACCGCGGCGAUACCGCGCGCCCCGCGAGCGACCCAGGAGAGGAACGCGAGGAACCGCGAGCAGCGACCGCGAGCGACCGCGCGAAGCGCCGCGACGCGAGCCGCCUGACACCCCGCGAAAGCGAGAUCGCGAGACCGCCUGCCGACCGCGCGCGACCGUCGUAGCGAAAGACGCUCUCGCGACGAUAGGCAGCGACCCGUCUCCUAUCGAAAUAGAGAGCUAACCUAUGACCUCUCUCUUACCUCCACCGCGCUCUCCCUCGUCUCUACCUCGCGAUACUCCUAUACAUCUUCUCUAUACCGACUCUCUCUCUACCCUCUCUAUACCUCUCUCUAUACCUCUCUCUAUACCUCUCUCUACCUCUCUCUCUACUCUCUCUCUACCUCUCUCUAUACCUCUCUCUAUACCUCUCUCUAUACCUCUCUCUAUACUCUCUCUAUACCUCUCUACUCUCUCUAUCUCUCUCUCUACCUCUCUCCUCUAUACCUUUCUCUAUACCUCUCUCUCUACCUCUCUCUAUACCUCUCUCUCUACCUCUCUCUCUACUUCUCUCUAUACCUCUCUCUAUACCUAUCUCCCUGUCUGUCUUCCUUGCAUCGCUCUCUCUCUCUCUUCACCCUGACAGUUUCAGGUACUAACUCUUCUACUCUCUCUCCCUCUAGUCUCGUCUCAGGCCGUCUGCCUUCCAGCCCAUCACACCUAAGAACUUCAGUUCGAUGCAGAACCUCUACCCUUCCAAGAUGGAGGACUCAGACCAGAACCUGUCCAACGGUCUCCACCGGGCCUAUGCACACACACCUAGAGCUGGCUCCACCUCCUCUUCCUCCUCCUCACCCUCCCGCCACGGAGGACCCACCUCCAGCGGAACCAAGGUGCCCCCAACACAUUCCACUGUUUUAGUCUGGUGAUUUCUGUCUUGUCCUGAAACAUCUGCAAUGUAUGUAUCACUAGUGUUCUUUUAAAACAUCUGAAAGGGACUUUAUAUAUACAAUCAAGUGUACUAUGGUUAUUAUGAUGAUGAUUAGGAUAAUAGUUCAUAUUAAUGGUAUGUGGAUUUUUAUGAUGACAACGAUGAUGAUAGUGAUGAUGAUUAGAUAAGAUAACAGUUGGUAUUAAUGUUGUGAUGCAGGUGGUGGCGUCAGUGCGUGGUCUGAGUCAGGAGGAUGAGAACCUGUCAGACUCUGGUCAUAACUCUAUGAACAGUCUUCCUCCAUACAGAUCUCCCUUCAGACCACACCUGGCUCACAUCAGGUACACUCCUGUUUCUCUGUCUUUCUCGCUCUGUGUCUGUCUGUUUCUGUGUAGAUCAGUGAUGAUGAGGAGGAGGAUAGUGAUGACGAUGAUGAUGAUGAUGAAGAUGUAUGUCUCUUAUCACCCUCAGUGCCUCCAUGGGCCACAUCAACACCAUUGGCUCUCUGGACCGAGCAUCAAAGGUUGCGGGGUCGUCGGGGGUCGCCAUGGCGGAGAUGGCCAUGUCGUGUCGUAGCAUGGCAACGCUCAGCCGUCUGGCGCCAUACGGAGGGGAGGCUCCGCCCCCUUACGAACUGUCGCUCUCCGUAGAGGAGGUGGUGAGUGAUGGAUGGAUGGAUGGAUCAGUUGGUUGAUUGAUUCGUUGAUUUCAUUGGUUGAUUUCAUUGGAAUGACUGAUUGAUAGAUGUUUGGUUGGUUGGUUGGUUGAAUGAUUGUCUGGUUGGUUGUUUGAUUGAUUGAUUGAUUGAUUGAUUGAUUGAUUGAUUUUCCAGGUGCGUGAUCUGGAGGAGAGGCUGGUGGAGAAGGAACACGAGCUGAAACAGAUGAGGAGGAACCUGGAUGAGAGUGAAGGAGCCAUCGCACAGGUGAUGAGUAGACCAGCUUGUGUGUGUGUGUGUGUGUGUGUGUGUGUGUGUGUGUGUGUGUGUGUGUGUGUGUGUGUGUGUGUGUGUGUGUGUGUGUGUGUGUGUGUGUGUGUGUGUGUGGUGUGUGGUGGUGUGUGUGUGUGUGUGUGUGUGUGUGUGUGUGUGUUGAUUGUGUGUGUGUGUGUGUGUGUGUGUGUGUGUGUGUGUGUGUGAGUGGGCAUGUGGGUGUGCAUCUAUAACUCUCUCUUUCUUUUUCCCUCCCUCCCUCCCUCUCUCUCCCCCCACCCUCCCUCACUCCCUGCCUCCUCCCCUCCCUCCUCCCUCCCUGCCUCCUCUCCCUACCUCCCUCCCUCCCCCCCCUCUCUCCCCCCACCCAUCCCUCACUACCCUCCCUCCUCCUCCUCCUCCUCCUUCUGUCUCCUCUCCUACAUCCCUCUUCUCUCCCCCACCUCUCCUCCCUGCCUCCUCCCCUCCCUCCUCCUCUCCCUUCUCCCUCCCUCCCCCUCCUCUCUCCCCCCACCCUCCUCAUCCCUGCCUCCUCCCCUCUCGACCCCCUCCUCCUACCUCCCUCCCUGCCUCCUCCCCUCUCUACCUCCCUCCCUCUCUCCCCCUUCCCUCCUUCCCUGUAGGUGUUUGAAGGUAAACAGCAUCUGUGGGAGAAGGAGUUGGAGGAGCUGAAGCAUCUGUACGCCGCCAAGCUGCGUCAGGUUUUCCCAGCAUGCUCAGCAUUCCCAGCGUUGCACUGCAGCUGCAGCUGUACAAGGCCAGCAGGAGAAAGAACAGAUGCAGGAGGAACUGGUGCUCUGAGGGGGGAUAGACAGAGAGAGGGUCAGGGGAGUCUGAAGGGAACCAGUCCUACUCUGGAGGAGACUCGGUGGCAGGUGAGAGGGUUGGGGGAUGGAGUGGGGACAGGUUGAGGGAGGAAGGAGGAUGGAGUGUGGAAGGUGAGGGGGUAGAGGAGGAGUGAGGAGGUGAGGUGGGGUGGGGGUAGUGGGUGGGGUGGGGGAGGGGGAAGGUGUGCGGGGUGGGAAGGUGAGACGGGCGGUGGGGGGGGAGGUUGGGGGAGGGCGUGGGGUGAGGUGGGAGGAGGAGGGAGUGGGGAAGGUAGGGGGGGGAGGAGGAUGGGGAAGGGAGGGGGUCAGGAGGAGUGGGGGUGGGGAAGGUGAGGAGGGUAGGAGGAGGGAGUGGAAGUGGGGAAGGUGGGGGUGGGGGUAGGAGGAGGGAGUGGGGAAGGUGAGGGGGUAGAGGAGGAGGGGGGAAGUGAGGGGUAGAGGGGGGAUGGGGAAGGUGGGGGUAGGAGGAGGGAGUGGGGGAAGGUGAGGGGGUGGGUAGGAGGGGAGUGAGGAGUGAGGGGGUAGGGGUAUGAGGGGGGAGUGGGGAAGGUGAGGGGGUGGGUAGGAGGAGGGAGGUGGGGAAGGUGAGGGGGGUAGGAGGAGGGGGGGAAGUGAGGGGGUAGGAGGAGGGAGUGGGUUAGGAGGGGGUAGGAGAGGGAGUGGGGAAGGUGUAGGGGGGUAGGAGGAGGGUGGGGAAGGUGAGGGGGGAGGAGGGAGGGGGUGGGGAAGUGAGGGGGUGGUAGGAGGAGGGAGUGGGGAAGGUUGUGGGGGGUAGGAGGAGGAGUGGGGAGGUGAGGGGGUAGGAGGAGGGAGUGGGGGGUGGAGGAGGGAGUGGGGAAGGUGAGGGGGGGAGGUAGGAGGAGAGGGGGUGGGAGGAAGCGAGGUGAGGGGGUGGGGUAGGAGGAGGGUGGGGAAGGUAGGGGUGGAGGAGGGAAGCGUGGGAAGUGGGGAGGGUGGAGGGGGGUAGGGGGAGGGAGGUGGGAAGGUGAGGGGUAGGUGGAGGAGGGAGUGGGGGAAUGUGAGGGCGUUGGAGGGAGGGGGUGGGGAAGGGUGGGGAGGUGGGGUAGGAGGGGUAGGGGAGUGGGGGAAGGGGUGAGGGGGGGGUAGGAGGAGGGAGUGGGGAUGGUAGGGGGUAGGGGGCGGAGGGGGAGUGGGGAGGGGAGGGGGUAGGAGGAGGGAGUGGGGAAGGUGAGGGGGUAGGAGGAGGGAGUGGGGAAGGUGAGGGGGUAGGAGGAGGGAGUGGGGAAGGUGAGGGGGUAGGAGGAGGGAGAGAAGUAGGUAAGUGAAGGUAAAAGCGCAUAGAGAUGGGUCUGUGAACUAAGAUUGAAGGAGGACAGGUGGAGAGAGAGGAGGAAUUGACUGAGGGAUAAUGGUGAAGAGCAAGGUUUAUUUAGCAUCCUCUUUAACCACCCAUCCCUCCCUCCCUACCUUUCAGGUGUGUCAGAAGUCGGGUGAGAUCUCGUUGUUGAAGCAGCAGCUGCGUGACUCCCAGGCGGAGGUGACCUGCAAGCUGUCAGAGCUGUUCCAGCUGAAGACCCAGCUGAGGGAGUCCAGAGGAGAGCUGCAGAGCCAUGAUGGACAGAUAGACGCGCUGCAGACAGCCCUACAGGGGGCGCAACCACGACGACAGGGGAAAGUUGGAGCGGAGGAGAAUGGGACACUAGAGUCUCGAGGAUCAGGAGGGGCAUCAGGUAUAAUAGAUAUGUGGUCCUCUGUAGCUCAGUUGGUAGAGCAUGGCGCUUGCACCGCUAGGGUUGUGUGUUCGAUUCCUGGGGCCACCCGUACGUAAAAUGUAUGCAUGCAUGACUGUAAGUGGCUUUGGAUGAAAGCGUCUGCUAAAUGAUUUAUGUUGUUAUUAUCUUGUUUUUUAUGUUAUGUUAUGUUAUGUUUGAUAGUUAUAUAUCUGUCAGAUUAAUGUUACUGUGUUGGCCAAUAAGCUAAUUGGAGAUCAUUAAACCGUCUGUCUCUCUAUCUCUCUCUCUCCCCCUCUCUCUCUCCCUCCCUCUCUCUCUUUAUCUCCAGGCCCUACAGAGGAGCGUCUGCGAGCAGAGCUGUUGUUAGAGCGUCGUCAGAGCGAGGCCCAGGCUACGGCCUUCGAGGAGGAGAGACAGACGUGGCAGACAGAGAAGGAGAAAGUGAUCCGCUACCAGAGAGAGCUGCAGGCCAGCUACCUGGACAUGUACCACCACAACAAACUACUGGAGAGAGAAGUAUACCAGCUCAGAGGAAGAGGAGGAGGAGGAGAGAGAGGAGGAGGAGGAACGCUGGAGAGGGAACUGCAAGAUGUGAGGGGAGGAAGAGGAGGAGAAGGAGGAGGACGAGAGAUGGGAGACUACAGUAACGAGUCACUGGAGAGGGAAGUGCAGGAGGUGAGGAGAGGAAGAGGAGGAGGAGAGGAGGACAGUAAACCUCCCCCUGGUCUUCCCUGGAUAGAGAGGAUAGAGUCGUCUGAGAUUUGA